UCUCGUCAUGCUACGUCUCGAAGAGGACGAACCUUCCCCCGGAAUCUGUGACCAGCUCCAUGAGAUCGUCCGCUCCAUUGGCCUUCUAUGCUACGUCGCAUGCCCACCCAUCCCAUCGGAAAUCAUCCGGAAAUUGGCAUUCCACCCGCCAGACAAAGGAGCCACCUAUCGGAUCGAGCUGAAAUCUGAUCCGGAGAAGGAUCUGGAAAGUGUUCGUGAUUGUCAUGACGAGCCUGUUCAGCUGGUGGUUAGGGAUCGUGUGCAUCCUGAGGUGAAAGUGUUCUCGGUUACAACAUCUGAAGACAGUCAUCUUGUGUGUGUUAAGUGCUCCCCGAAUUGCUAUUCCAAGAAUCCAGAGGUCGCGAAUCAGGUCGUACUCUUCUGCCAAUCCAGCUCUGCCGAUCUUGGAAGCUUCCUUCAGCCCAACUCCAUGAACUUUUCCACGUUUGCUAACUUGUUCGAAACGGAUGUAUACGCCUUCGACUAUUCAGGAUACGGCUUUUCCUCGGGCACCCAGAGCGAGAAGAACAUGUACGCCGAUGUGAGAGCGGUAUAUGAACAUAUUUUGAAGACCAGACCGGAUAAGAAGAUUGUAGUAAUUGGAUACAGUAUCGGAACGACUGCAGCGGUAGACUUGGCAGCUUCAAAUCCGGAUAGACUAGUUGGAGUUGUGCUGAUUGCUCCGUUGACCAGUGCACUGAGGAUGUUCUGCAACAAUCCUGACAAGGAAACGACUUGGUGGGGAGACUCUUUUCUCAGCAUUGACAAAAUCUGCCACAUCAACACCCGAGUGCUCAUCUGCCAUGGAGACCAUGAUCAACGCAUCCCAAUGACUCAUGGAAUGGCUCUCUAUGAAAAUCUCAAAAACCCAGUGCCACCACUGAUCGUCCAUGGCGCCAAUCAUCAUUCAAUCAUUAGCGGAGAGUAUAUUGAAGUCUUUACUAGAAUUGCAAGCUUCAUGCGGAACGAGACCCUUCUGAGCUGCCGAGCCAAUCAAAUCGAGUCGUCCUCGUCGAAGAAAUUCAAACAUGAAUGAAUAGUAAUUUUUAUGAUUUUUUGUUUACUUAUAGUUAAUAAAUAGUAGUCUCCGUGA